AUGCUCUCACAGUUGACCGCGCAAUUAAACACAAUCAGUUUAACCCCGCAGUCGACUCCAACUGUGAACGACGCUCUGCACGCUCCUUUAGUGGCUCUCACAGAACCUAUUGUUUCCGAGCUUAUCAAGCGUUUCCCAGAACAAGUAUUCGAGGAGCAUCAUCCACGGUACAAGGCACUUCAGAAUAGUUACUGGUCCGGAUAUCAAAAGACCCUGAAACCCCGAUGUUUCUUUCAACCACAUUCGGCGAAGGAGCUUGGCGAAGCAGUGGCUCUCUGUGCGAAAGAGCGAUGUCCCUUCAAUGUGAAGAGCGGUGGUCACGGUCACUUUGCCGGACAAUCUAGUAUUGAGGGAGGCAUACAAUUCGACCUGGUCAAGCUCGACACGUUCAAGAUCAAGAGGGAUGAAGGGACGGUUCUUGUUGGUCCUGGCAAUACCUGGGGUUCCGUGUACCAGCGACUAGAGAAGGAAGGUUUAAUUGUUGUGGGUGGAAGGUCCUAUAACGUUGGAGUCGGCGGGUAUCUGGUUGGAGGAGGCAUUUCCUUCUACGCAGCGCGGCACGGCUGGGGUAUCGAUAAUGUGCGAUCUUUCGAGAUCGUACUCGCUGAUGGUCGAGUGGUCACUGCAAGUUCAAAAAGUGAGCUAAAACUCUAUCGAGCACUGCGAGGUGGCGGUUCCAACUUUGGCAUCAUCACAACUUUUGAAUUGGAGGCAUAUCCCUAUAAUCGAUUUUGGGGAGGCCGCACGAUGAUUGACAGUUCUCAUGCCAGGCAAGCUAUAGCGGCCUACGAGGGCUUUGUGAACAGGCAAGAAGAGGAUCCGAAAGGCCACACCAUCUUUAUCGCAACCUAUGAUGAAGGACCACUUCGACUGAUUCAAUACAUGGUCUACACUGAACCUCAAGCCGACCUGCCUUUGUUUGAUGAGCUUCGCAAAGUUCCGACCAUUGAGUCUUCGCUGGGAAUGACUGAUUAUACAACCAUGGCUGAAAACAUCGCUGGCCUACAGGACGGUGUAGGAUAUCGUGCAGCGAUUGCUACCCUGACCAUCAAGCUUGACCAAGACCUUCUUAACUUUGCCUACGAUGUCUUCGUUGAGGAGGCUUCGCCACAGUCAAAACACAUCAAUUCGACAAUGGAGUUCCACGCCAUCCCUCGAACAACAAACCCUGCUGGCAACAUGUUCGGGCUGGAGGGCGCAGAUGGACCUCUCAUAUCUUUCCUCUUGAUUUUUGUAACCUCAGAUGCGAAUUACGACAACGAGGUAACUAGGAUGCAGCAAACAAUCAUUAGACGUGUCGAGGAAGAGGCCAGGAAGCGACAGCUGUACCACCCUUUCUUGUUUCCAAACUAUUCGGCCCAAUGGCAGAAUGUUUUUGACAGCUUUGGUGAAGCGAGCAGGAGGUACUUGACCGAAGUCGCCAACGUAUACGAUCCUCAACGAGUUUUUCAGCGCCUGCAACACGGAUCAUUCAAAGUUAGCAGUCCGAGUAGAGUCAGAGAUGCGAAGGUAUGA